AAGAAAAAAGUGAAUAGCAUCUGAAAUAAUGUUACUGCUGAGAAUUAAACCCGAGACCUUCAAUGUGUAAAACUGACAUGAUAACCACUUCAAGUCUACAACACAGCAACUCUUACGGUUAAAAAAGCAAAAGACUGUUUAAUUUAUCUAAUUUUUUCUGAAGUUUAGUAGAUAUGUUUGCGGCUUCUUCCGCUCAAUCCGUAUUUCUCCCCUGGAACUGGAACUGAAAUGCAAGCCCUCCACCUCAAUCGCUUCGUCUCCAUCAACAACUCUCCACCUUUCUUCUCCAUCCAUCGCACAACACCAAAGCCUCUUCUCCGUUGCUUCCCAAUCUCAUCCAGCUCACAACUCGGCUCCCCGAAUUCUCUGCAGUCGGAAACGCUGCAAGCUCUGGAAUGGGACUCACUCUGCGCUCAGCUCUCUCGCUUCACUUCCACUUCCUUGGGCCGCGGGGUGGCUCAACGGGCAACCAUCCCCAUCGGAAACACACCGGAGGAGAGCCAGAAGCUUCUGGACCAAACCACUGCCGCCAUAUCGGCCAUGGAUUCUGGACCCUUGGACCUCUCCCAGUUCCAGGACAUCACCGAAAUCGUCGAUUCCGCUGUUUCCGGGACUCUGCUCACCGUUAGGGAGCUCUGUGCAGUGAGGCGGACGCUGAUAGCAGCGAGAGCCGUGGCGGAGAGGUUGGCUCACGGCGGGGAUGGCUCGGAAAGGAGUGCCGCUCUGCUUGAAAUAAUUGAGGAUUGCGAUUUCCAAUUUGAAUUGGAGCAGAAAAUUGGGUUUUGUAUAGACUGCAAUCUCUCGGUAAUCCUUGACAGAGCGAGCGAAGACUUGGAGAUCAUUAGGUCGGAGAGGAAGCAGAAUAUGGAGAACUUGGAUGCCUUGCUGAAAGCUGCGUCUACCAGAGUGUAUCAAGGUGGCGGCAUUGAUAAACCUUUGGUAACCAAACGCCGGUCCAGGUUCUGUGUCGGAGUUAGAGCUUCUCACAGGCACUUAAUCAAAGGUGGUGUGGUCUUAGAUGCUAGUAGCUCUGGUGCAACAUACUUCAUGGAGCCUGGUGACGCCGUUGAGUUGAAUAACUUGGAAGUCAUGCUUUCGAAUUCCGAGAAGGAGGAGGAAGUAGCUGUUUUGAGCUUGCUUACUUCUGAGAUUGCAGAAUCUGAGAGGGAGAUCAGGUAUUUGUUGGAUUGUAUUUUGGCAAUUGAUCUUGCCUUUGCUAGAGCUGGUUAUUCACAGUGGAUGAAUGGUGUGUGCCCGAUUCUUACAUCGGAGUGGUGCACGGCUGCUUAUUCAGGUGAAGCAUCUGAUUCCUUGUUGGUAGAUAUUGAAGGUAUACGUCAUCCAUUGCUAGUUGGAACAGCUAAGAGAGAUGUUUCCAACAUUCUUGAGUCGAAACGGGAGAAUUCGUCUAAAUCGGGUGAGGGAAAUGCAGUGGACAAGGAACGUUUUUCAGAAAGCCAACCUGAUUACCCUGUGCCAAUAAACAUCAAAGUGAGAUGUGGAACCAGGGUGGUGGUUAUCUCAGGGCCUAACACUGGCGGGAAAACUGCUUCAAUGAAAACUCUGGGUGUAGCAUCUUUGAUGUCUAAGGCUGGCCUGUAUUUGCCUGCUUUGAAUGCCCCUAAGUUACCAUGGUUCGAUCUUGUUCUGGCAGAUAUAGGGGACCAUCAGUCUUUAGAACAAAGUCUUUCUACUUUUAGCGGGCACAUAUCUCGAAUCUGCAAGAUCUUGGAAGUAACGUCAGAAAGAUCCCUUGUGCUCAUUGAUGAGAUCUGCAGUGGAACUGAUCCUUCUGAAGGAGUGGCUCUUUCAGCAAGCAUCUUGCGAUAUCUUGGGAGUAGGGUCAACUUGGCUAUUGUGACAACUCAUUACGCUGAUCUCAGUCGCCUUAAAGAAAAUGACUCCAGAUUUGAGAAUGCAGCAAUGGAGUUUUGUCUUAAAACCUUGCAACCAACCUACCAAAUUUUAUGGGGAAGCACUGGUGAUUCAAAUGCAUUAAGCAUUGCUAGAUCUAUUGGUUUCGACAGCGGUAUAAUUGAACGUGCACAAAUUUGGCUGGACAAGUUAAGGCCAGAAAUGCAGCAGGAGCGAAGAGGCUUGCUUUAUCAGGCAUUAGUGGAGGAAAGAGGCAGAUUGGAGGCUCAGGCAGGGGAAGCUGCAUCCUUGCAUGCAGAAAUAAUGGAGAUAUACAAUGAGCUUCAAGAGGAGGCACAAGAACUUGAUAAGCGGGUGGUAGAUCUCAUGGCACAGGAAACUCAGCAGGUCCAACAGGAUGUAAAGGCUGUGAAGUCUGCCUUCCAAUCUGUAUUACAGGAUUUCGAUAACCAACUUAGAACAACUAGCACUGAGCAGCUCAAUGCACUGGUUAAAAAGGCAGAAACCAGAAUUGCAUCAAUCGUGGAAGCCAACUGUCCUGCUCCUAGUCUCUCUGGAAGGGAAACGGACAUUGUAUCUUAUACCCCAAAGGUUGGAGAAAAAGUACAUGUGAAGUCACUGGGCGACAAGCUAGCUACUGUAGUCGAAGCCCCUGGCGAUGAUGAUGCAGUUUUAGUGCAAUAUGGUAAAAUCAAAGUUCGUGUGAACAAGACUGACAUCAGAGCUACCAGAGUUACUAAGAAGAGCAGUUCAUCUAGCUCAACGAGACGGAUAAAGAGGCAGGUUCGUCCCGUGGACUCAGAGUCAGCAAUCGAGAAACCGAAGGAAGUUUAUGGUGCGCGCGUGCAAACAUCAAGAAACACCGUGGAUCUCAGAGGGAUGAGAGUAGAAGAAGCUGCUCUCCACUUGAGCACAGCCUUAUCUGCUGUGGAGCCGCAGUCAGUUAUCUUUGUGGUACACGGGACAGGAACUGGAGUUGUGAAGCAGCGAACGCACGAGAUAUUAGGAAAGCAUCCACGAGUCAGUAAAUUUGAGCCAGAGAGUGCAACAAACUUCGGCUGUACAGUUGCCUAUGUCAAGUGAUUGCCAGCUUUUGCUUAAUCCAUUGCAAGUCAGCAGCAAAGGUCAGCUCUACAGUUUGUUUACACUCUUCAUUUUAUCCACUGUGAGGGAGGGAGUUCCAAUAGUAUAGCUCUAAAGUUCUGUUCAUUAGCCCCCCCAAAAAAAAGCAUGCUGCGUCGGUCAUGGUGGUGAUACAUGCUGCAGCUUUGUAUGGUGGCAUCUUUUCUUGUGGAGUUGGUUUUAGGCACAAUUUUGGCCUAAUCACUUUUAGGAUAUUAAUAUCCAACUCCUUAGUUUUACCCAAAAGAAAAUGGAUACUUAACU